UCAGUGGUGGCCGGCGGGAUAGAGCGGCUGUGGCAGGGGGCGGCGCUCUGUCAGUAGUCUCGCUGCUGCUGGGAGGACUGACGUGACGAGGGCAGCAGAAACAGCCGGAGCGGGCGGAGGAGGAAAAAGGAAAAUGGCGGAGGCGGCGGCGGCGGCGGUGUCACAGCAUCGCUUCUUCUGCCAUCACUGUAAGGGGGAGGUCAGCCCCAAACUGCCGGAAUAUAUCUGCCCCCGAUGUGACUCCGGUUUUAUCGAGGAGGUGACGGAGGACUCCAGUUUUCUAGACUCCGGGGGAAACACAAUAGACGAUAAUGGGACGACGCACUUUUCAGAGCUUUGGGACCAUUUAGACCACACAAUGUUUUUCCCCGAUUUCCGACAUUUCCUGAGCGGCAGCUCCUUGGACCAAGAUAACAGAGAUGGCGACCGCCGCCACCAGGGCCACUCCGACAUCAGGGUGACCCGCCGGCCCCCGCGACAGCCCACCACCAGGUACCGCUCCCGCGUCAGCUCCCGGCCCGACCGCUCACCCGCCAUCGAAGGCAUCAUCCAGCAGAUCUUCGCCGGGGUCCUCGCAAAUCCCCCCUUACCAGGGUCCCCCCAUCCCUUCUCAUGGAGCGGGAUGCUUCAUUCAAACCCUGGUGACUAUGCCUGGGGCCAGAGCGGCCUGGACUCCAUAGUCACUCAGCUUUUGGGCCAACUGGAGAACACGGGGCCCCCUCCAGCGGAUAAAGAGAAGAUCUCCUCGCUGCCAACAGUCACUGUAACGCAGGAGCAAGUGGAUCUGGGUCUGGAGUGUCCGGUGUGUAAAGAUGACUACACUGUAUCGGAGCAGGUCAGACAGCUGCCCUGCAAUCACUUCUUCCAUGGAGACUGUAUUGUGCCUUGGCUGGAGAUGCACGACACAUGCCCGGUUUGCCGAAAGAGCCUAAACGGCGAGGACUCGACGCGACAAGCCUCCGGCUCCGAAGCCUCCGCCAGCAACAGCUACAGCGGCGAAAGCCAAGCGCAUGACAGGUGGAACUUCUGAGGGGCCCCGUCCUCCCCCACCCCCCUCUCUCAAUGUGGGGGGCCCCGGCAUUCCUGCAGUGUGUACAGAGACUUCAUCGCCAACCACAUCUGAGAACUGGCGGCCGCGGGGGGGGUCAAUGCUCGCCACCGCGCCCGAACCAAAAUGAAAAAAAAAAGAUGUUUUCCAUUUCCUCCGAGGCCAUUGGUCGGUCGGGUCACAUGGUCGGGUCACAUGCUCCGCUCUAGCACCUGGAGGUAGUUGGGAUCAGUGUAUGGACGUCCUAUCGCUUGGACUAAUAAUUGACUGGACGAUUCGGCCCUCCCCCCCCUCCUAACAUCUCGCCGUGCUCCGCGGGGGCGGGUCCUGGGCCUUUGUUUUGUUUUUUUUUAUUUUUUAUUUUGCACAUAAUUCCCCUCCCCUCUCGUUCUCCCCGUUUCCUUGGCCGGUCGUGGAGAAUGUUGGAGAAGAUCUGACGGCAGAAAAAAAAUCUAUAAAAUACCUAAAAUAUU